ACUAAUGUGACGCAAUCUGCCCCCCGGCAGCGAUGGAAGCUCUUUUGGAGGGGCUGAAUGAAGCACAGAAAGAUGCAGUUACAAGCCCUGCGGGUGUGCUCCAAGUGCUGGCGCCACCCGGCUCAGGCAAAACGAAGACACUGACAGCGCGCGUCGCGUACCACGUCAUCCACGAACGACUACAGCCAUGGAACAUCAUUGUCUGUACCUUCACCAUCAAGGCGGCUCGAGAGAUGAAGGAGAGGAUCAAGGGCUUUGUUGGGGAGAAGCUCGAGGCCAAGCUCAUCCUCGGCACCUUUCAUUCAGUCGCCCGCCGCUUCCUCUCGCGGUACGGUCAAGAGAUUGGCAUUGACAAGAAUUUUGGCAUCGCCGACACCGACGACAGCAAAGCGAUCAUCAAACGUAUUGUCAACCGUUAUCAGUAUAUGGUCGAACCUGGUUACGCUCGCUCAAGGAUUUCAGGCCUCAAAGCGAAGGGUAUCACGGCUAAUGAUUUUGCUGCAACCAAGAAGAAGGCCGCUGACAGCGAGUUCUCUCAAAUCUACUCGUCGUAUCAAGAACAUCUCAAAGCUGCAAACCUGCUGGACUAUGACGAUCUCCUUAUACGCUGUGUAGAUCUACUCAGACAGCACCCAUCAUGUGUUUCUACCAUACAAGCGGUGCUUAUCGACGAAUAUCAAGACACAAAUAACAUCCAGUACGAGUUGAUGAGGCUCAUGGCUCAGAAGACGCAGAAAAUAACCAUCGUCGGCGAUCCGGAUCAGAGCAUUUACAGCUUCCGUGCCGCUGAGGUCAAGAAUUUGCUCCGAAUGCGGGUGGACUAUCCUGAGGCAGUUGUCAUCAACCUUCAAAACAACUAUCGCUCUGCUGGCUCGAUUCUCAGUGCCGCCCUUGCGGUUAUAGAACAGGACGACAGUCGACCAGAAAAAGCGCUCAUUGCUACCCAUUGUGUUGGAGAACAACCGACCCUUCGACACCUGGCGACAGCUAAUAUCGAGGCGCGAUGGAUCGUAGACGAGAUUAAACGCACUCAGACGCUCAGUGCUGGACUGUUGACUUACAAUGACUACUCGGUAUUGCUGCGCUCGGCUGCUUUGUCACUGUCGAUUGAGCGAGAACUUGGACGCGCUGGCAUUCCUUACAAAAUGGUUGGAGGUAAACGCUUCUUUGACAGAGCUGAGAUCAAGAUUAUCCUUAACUAUCUUCGAGCGAUCAACAAUCCUGACAACAACGAUGCAAUCGUCAAUGUCAUCAACACGCCGUCUCGCAAGAUAGGAGAGAGGACAGUCAAAGCCCUGCUUGAGGAAGCGGAGGUACGAAAGGUUUCCCUAUGGAAUCUUGUACAGGACAUCGCGCAAAGCAGACGCAGCCCAGUCACCAAGCUAUCGACAUCUGCGCAGCAGGGCAUCACUUUGUUCUUCAGGCUCGUUCACACAUCACGUGAGAAGCUUGAGCCAGCUCAGAGGGAGCCAUGGAAUCUGCUCGAUCUCAUCACAUACGUCUUCAACCAGACUGCAUUUGAAGCGUAUCUCAAACAGACUUAUAAGGACAAUUGGAAGGACCGGCUGGCUAACGUCGACGAACUCAUUGCACAAGCAACGCAAAUGGCUGGUGCAAUAGUCGAUGGUGAAAUGGGAGUAGACGAUACCUUACCUGAAGUAGAGGGUAUAAUACAGCGACCUGACAGUUCGGCCGAUGUUUUGUCUAAAUUUCUAGUAAACGUUGCGCUCGCAACAGAGGUUGAGAGAAAUGACGGCGAGGAAGUGUGUCAAGUUACGAUAUCUACGAUUCACGCAGCCAAAGGUCUCGAGUGGCCAGUUGUGUUCAUUCCGGCUGUAUAUGAGGGAUCACUUCCACAUUCUAGGGCAGAGGAUCAUGACGAAGAACGACGACUUCUUUACGUCGGCAUGACUCGUGCUAAAGCGCUGUUGUAUCUCAGCUGCCCUAUGCGCUCAUCCGGUUCGGAAGAGACGAAACUAUCGAGGUUCCUCGAUGACCGCAGUCUCGAGAAGUCUUUUAGCUCGCGUGGGCCGGAUCUCGCGUUCAAGAGAAACACCGUUCCUGACAUUGCAAGCAUUCUAGGAAGACCUUGUCCUAGUCUCACUCAACUUUCCGUAGCUCACGCCUUGCUUGAGCAUCUAGAGGACGACAAGUAUCCAGCGACCAGGGACGAGAUAGACGGUGCCCCUGGAGAUUUCAGCUCGGAAUAUACAGGGUGGAAGCAUGACAGGCAAGGUUUCGACCCCAAGCGGCGCCGCGUCGAGUCGGUUGAGACAUUUCGCUCUACGUCUGUUUCAGGUGCAAGUACCGGCGCCAGCAGUGUUGCGGCAGCAACUUCUGUCUCAACAUCAGGAUUUCUUAGCGCAAGAGACUUACAGAAUCUGGAUCAAGAGUCACGGCGCUUGAUGUUCCAAGGAGACGACGAUGAAAGCCGGAAGCCAGCAUAUAAAAAUGUGCAGAGACUCGAUGAUGCCCACUCGCAGGGUAGAAAACCCAAAUCUCGAGCAGCAGGUCAGGGCGCGAUUACAAGCUUCUUCAAAGGUGCUGGUAGGGCACUCUCUGAUACCCCAGGGCCGACACCGCAAGCGGCGGGACGUUCCCUCAAACGUUCUCAGUCCUCACUAUCAGGUCUCACGCCGCUAGAUGGCAUUUCCAACGUCCGGCAAGUCGCUCCACCGCGCCCAUUUCAACCUCUGUCUGUACCUACCAGAUCGCUGCACAAUCGUCCCAUGGCCAGCAAACCCAAGAAAGCCACUGUCAACACUGACACCGAGGAUACCCGACAUGCUCUCUGUCUAAGCUCACCCUCCAAGCCGGAUAUGAAAGAACUUGUUACGCUCUCCGACGACGAUACUAGCAAAGAGACUGCUGCCUUAGCGGGAGCGCCAGCCACUUUCAUCAAUGGGAGUAGGCCCGCAUCGACAUUCCACACAACAUCAAUGAGCAUGGCGCAGAACCAACAGGCUCAGCGAAAGACGCUAGGAGCGCGAAGAACGAUGCAGGGCUGGAGCGUGAAACACACAAGUAUGCCAAAACCUCGAUUACAGUAAAGUGCAUGUGCGAUCACAUCCAAAGGCGUUCUGGGAUACACGUUGGUGAUUGGUGGCAUUUGUAAGAUUUGUAAGCGUGUGUUAUAGCAGGCAUAGUCCUCGAGUUUUGCAUGCUCGACAAGACGAAUCAUUAUUUUGUCUUCGACGCAUUGCGUGGACGUUAGCAUUUAUCAUAGACGAGUAACUUAGAGGCACACGUAUUUACAUCCAUGGUCAUCGGUGUUUGCAAA